GUUUUCGUUUUAUGUUUCAUUUCUGGUUUCCUUUCGGUACUAAUAUAAAAUACCAAUUUAAAACAACUUUUCGUGUGAGAAAGUAAGGGUACACCAAUUUUUCCUUCUUUUUUUUAUCGGACAGUUGUAACGCGGUUGUGUAGUAUUGUCUCAUAUUGCUCGUCUCACAUCAGUGGUGUUCUUGGCUCUAACCACACUAGAAACGGGACUUCUUUCUUUUUUUUUUCUAAUUCAAGUUAGCGAUGCGCUUUAGUAUGGCUUUCCGUAGCGUUACACAGCCGUUAAUAGAACUCUGGCAAACAAAUCACUACUAUACGACAAACGUACAAGCCAACGGUGCCUCGAUAAACAUCGAAACGUUAACCUUGGCGCCCCUGAACGUUGGCUCGCGCCCAGCGCGCAUGCACAACUUCCCGGUCUGCGUCCACGUGAAUGGCGCAACGCGUUCGCGAGGUCGCAGCGACUUCGGGCCCUACGCGCACACGUUAUUAAAGUGAUUCCGCCGGCGUGCCAACAACUUGGGAAGCGGUGCUCCCGGCGGUCCGUGGAACGGUCUCAUGGCGUCUGUCACAGCUGACUGGAGCGCACUCCUAAGCGUUGCAAUUGUCGCCGUCUCCGUGGCCGCAUUAUGGAGGUGGCGUCGAAACAGAUUCAACAUAUUCAAAGAGCGAGGGAUUCCUGGCCCCGAACCAAGCCUGAUCUCGGGAAACUUCUACCAGCUGUGGCAUCGGGAAACAGUAAAGGUUUUGAACGAGUGGUCAAGUACAUACGGUGACAUCUACGGGAUGUUCAAUGGCGAUGCCCCAUUUCUCAUGGUCAAGGAUCUCGAGCUUCUUAGGCGCGUCUUCAUCAAGGACUUUGGCAUGUUUGUGGAUAGAGGGGAGGUGUGGACCAUGGUUGGCGCACGAUCAGAGCAGCGGAACUCGCUCUCCUUUGCAAAAGCUGACCGAUGGAAAUUCAUCAGGCGGUUCGUCUCAAUGGCCUUCACAGGGGCGAAGUUGCGACGAAUGGUGAGCGUCAUGAACAAGGCAGUGGAUCGUUUCCUCGACCUGCUCGAAGCGCGGUGCCGAGACGCCGCCGACGGACAGGCAAACGUCAGCCCGCUGCUCGGCGCUCUAGCUUUCGAGCUGACCGCCGAGACCGCCUGCGGCAUCUACCUGGACGUGCAGAACAAGCCGAACGACCAGUACUUCAACUCGGCCAAAUCGUACGUCCUCAACGUCGUCGAAAGCGCCUACCAGAGGGCUGGUCAAUUCGUCUCGGGAGUGAAAGGCCUCGUAGCAUUCACGUGCUUCCUGGAGCGGUACUUUGGAAACGAGCCACUCACGGCCCUGGCCAAGAAGGCGGAACCCAUUGUUGCAACGAGGGAUAAAGAUCCAAGCCUCGCUCGCCCAGACCUGCUACAGACUCUCCUUGAGGCCAAGGUUCCUGAAGAGCUUCUUAAGUGUCGCGAAUUUCGCGAGCGUACUAAUGACAAAGGAGACUUCCUCAUGCCACUGAAAGACGUCGCUUGCAACGCCGCCACCAUAUUGACCGCUGGGUACGAGACAGUAUCCGCCAACGCCUCCAACUGUGUAUUCUGCCUUGCCAAGUAUCCAGAAGUCCAAGAGAAAGUCAGGAAAGAAGUGAACGCAGCCUACGAAAAGCACGGCGGGUUCUCAUACGACGCCGUCGGCGACCUACCUUACACGAUGCAGGUUAUAAACGAGGCGCUUCGCCUUUAUUCUCCAGUUGUCGCGUUCACAUCAAGACAAGCUGCCUGUGAUUACAGCUACAAGGACAUGAUCCUGCCAAAAGGGCUCAGCAUAAUGGCCUGCACCCAACAGAUACACAUGGACCCCCGCUACUGGGACAGACCGGAAGAAUUCGAUCCUGAAAGGUUCUCUCCCGAACAGAGAGCGUCCCGGGAUCCGCUGGCAUUUCAGCCUUUCGGAAUAGGCCCCCGCAACUGCGUUGGCAUGAAGUUGGCGCAGCUCGUGGUGGCGCUCAUUGUUGCCAAGCUGGUGCAUCGUUUCCGGCUGCACUUGGGCUCCAGACACGAAAAUGGCGAAUUGGAGAUGAAGACGCAAUCCAUCAUAGCUUCGCCUAAAAUAGGCGUCUGGAUCAGAGUUGAGAAGAUACGGUAGGUGCGCAUCGACGAUGACCAGGAUACGCGCGACGUGUGGUCAACAUUUCAUUUGUAAAUAAACGAAACGUACUCACUUACAA